AUGACAGGGGCCUCCAAAGGCUACGCCUGCUCUCGCCUUCAGCCUGGCCAGGACCCCAAGGUCGUGCUGAAGGAGGUUCAGCCAUGGUUCUCCGUUUUCUCAGGGGCCCACAGUGAGGUGCCCUGUGAGCCUGGCACCUUCAGCCCAUUGCCUGGAGCUGACACCUGCCUGCCCUGCCCAGGGGGCACCUACUGCCAAACGGCUGCCACUGUGGAGGCCACCACCUGCCCCAAAGGUUUCUACUGCCCCGAGGGCAGUGGAGAGCCCAGCCUGUGCCCACGUCACACUGUCGCAGCAGCCCCAGGAGCCAAGCAGCAAGAGGACUGCGGGCCUUGCCCCGCCGGGCACUGGUGCAAAGUCGGUGCUGUGGCUGAGGUCAUGUGCAGGGCUGGCUCCUACUGCGGGCCCCAGACUGGGACCCCCCCGCUCUGUCCUGCAGGCUACACCUGCCCUGCCGGCUCUUCCACCUACACCGGCCCAGGGCAGCUCUGCGUGUUUCCCUAUUACUGCCCCCCGGGCAGCAUCCAUCCACGUGCGUGCCCUGGGGGCUCCGAGGCCCUGAAUGGAAGUGGCCUCAGAGUCUCCCAGGAGACUUGCUGCCGCCUCUGUGAAGCGGGCACCUACCACAGCCGGGCCCUGGACGCCCUGCCCUGCCAGCCCUGCCCCCCCGGAUUCAGCUGCCACCAGGGUGCCUCCCACUGCACGUGCCGGGGACUGAACAGGGUCUUCCAGAAGUCAGACGGUUCCUGCAUCUGCCGGGCAGGACAUGAGUCCUACGAGGGCGAGAGCAGCAGCGAAGAGGACUGUCAGCCCCAGGUCGUGGAGCGCUGCUCUCCUGGAGACGUCCGCCUGGCCGCCACCCGCACGUGUGUGUCCCCCAAGCAGUACGACUGCUCCUUCUUCUGUCGCCCAGUGGGCGGGGAGCUCAGCGCUGGACUGGGCAUCUGCCAGUGCCAGCAGUACGUCUCUGCAGAAGAGCUCUGUGACGCCCAGUGUCUGGCCAGGGCCCCCCAGCUCUCCCUGGCCUGGGGGCCCAGCAGAGAGCUGAUCCUCAGCAUGAAGGACGAGGCUGGGGACAGCGUCCAGAGGAGACUAACAAGCACAGUGGGCCCAGACCUGUCCUUCCAAGGGAGUGCCAGGGUCCACCUGGUCCAGUGUGGCCCCCACGGCAUCCUUGGCUUUGUCAUCUCCACGCGGAACGUGCUGGGCUCCUUCCUCCUCGAUCGCUCGGCCAGUCACUUCCCCGUGUACCAGGAGCAGCACCUGCUCAACAGCAACCCUCACUGGGACUUCGGGGCCUUCAGGCACCUCGGCCACCUGGUGCGGGAGACUCACCUCAGCUUCUCCAGGUUUGCUCACCAGUUUCUAGAUCCGGGCACGUACGUGUUUCGGGACAACGGGCUGCCUGACAGCAUCGCCGUGGUGCUGGUGAAGGAGAAGUGGGUGGCCUGCGACCCGGGCCUGUCCCCCGUGCAGCCCUCGUCACCCUAUCAGCUCGCCAGGCACGGCGUCCUCAGGCACCAGGUGCCAAACCUGGGCCCCGACUGGGCGGCCAUCUCAGGGGUGCUGCUGGCUGUUGGCUUGGCAACCGUGCUGCUGACGGGCCUGGGCCUUGUGCUAAGACCCUCCUCACUGGCCCCAGCCUGCCCCGCAAGGGCUCGGGGGCCUCACGCGCCUGCAGAACAUGCGCCCCUCGGGGAUUGGCCUCUUCCGGCAGGGAAGCCACUGCCGGCCAAGACCCUGGAGGACUUCAGCAUCCGGACGCUCUACGACAAGCUUGAGGAUCAGAGCCUGCACGUGGCAGCCCAGCUGAGCAAGCACCGGAGCGACGCUCUGGCCUUCUACAGGGGUGCCCACCAGCAGCUCCAGGGGCUCCAGGAAACAGCCACCCACCCCUUCUGGAAAUUGCCUGAGCUGAGGAGGACGUUCACACCCGAGAGGGUGACGCAGCCCUGGUUCUUCCAGGACCUCCUACAGGGCCUCAAAGAAGCCAAGCGGCCAGGCCUGGGCAGGGCUGGAGACCCGGAGAUGGGGGCCAGAGCCGCUGCCAGAGCGCACGCUAGGCAGAGCUGCGCCCCCAGUGCCCCCUACCCGGGCUGUGAGGAGCUCGACCGAGCCAUCGAGGCCCUGGCGGCCGCACUUUCUCAGGCGCCCCCGGGCAGCAACCAGGACCCGGAAGGCUCCCCUGGGGUGACACCAAAGGAGGAGCCGCCGCGAGCCCAGGCCCCGCACACAGGCACGGAGCCUUUCCUGAGCUGCAGUUCCCGUCUUGCUGAGUUGCUGAAGAUGGGCAAAGCCCUGGUGGUGGGGGGCAAGGUGGUUCCCAGGGUCUGCCCUCCCACGCGGCAGGAAGACACACUCGGCCCAGCAGAGGCCGGCGGCCCCGGCGGAGAGAACCUGGGAUCCUGGGCCCUGCAGAGUGACCAGGCCCUGGCGCUGGAGAGGGACCGCAUCCCCUCCCUGCGCUGUGGCCUCCUGGAAGACAGAGGAGCCGGCACUGCCUGCCCUGAGGGCCUCCAACACCAGAGGACACUCAGCCGGCUGCAGGGCCCGCACAAACCCUUGGGUGUGUCUCACAGAGCAGCAGCCAAGACAUUUAGCAACCUGGACGGCAGCCUUCAUCCACAGAAGGGAACCCAGAAGCGGGAGCAGCUGGUCCAGGUUUCCAUGGUACUGGGCCUGGACUGGACCCGGGCCAGUGACAGCGAGGGGCCCAGCUCAGCCUCGCCGACCCGCCGCCGGCUCCAGGGCGGCGAGGGCGAGGACUGUCCCGAGCAGGACCUUCGUCGUGAGGCAGUUCUCAGUGACUUGGACACUUUUCUGUCUUCGUCUUUCACGUGCAAGUGUCCAGAAGGGCGGUCGUGGGCGUCGUCGGAGGCCCCUGGGCUCCAGCCGGACCGGGCCGCCCCACCCGCUUGGCCACUUGUCGCCUCUGGGCCGCAGAUGGACCUGGACGUGGCCUCUCGCUGUGAGUCACGCCGGGGAGGCCUCAGCUCCGCUUUGGAAAACCCACCUCGGGCCAGCACCGCACCUCUGCUUCUCUUUCAGAAAACAGAAAUUUACUCUGUGGAGCUCAGCGGAAGCGGAGACAUUGAGAAAACGGACAAGGGGCAUGACAAGAAGUACGGGGGCCUGAAAAAGAACUGCUUGGAACGCAAAACGCAUCAGCCGAAAGAGGAGCUUAAGAAAGAACUCGAUCUGGAUGAUCACAAACUCAGCAAUGAGGAAUUGGAAACAAAAUACGGUACAAACAUCAUUACGGGUCUCUCCAGCACCCGGGCUGCUGAGCUCCUGGCUCGGGAUGGGCCCAACACCCUCACCCCCCCCAAGGAAACCCCGAAGAUUAUCAAGUUCCUCAAGCAGAUGGUGGGGGGGUUCUCCAUCCUCCUGUGGAUAGGAGCCGUCCUGUGCUGGAUCGCAUAUGGGAUUCAGUACUCCAACGAUAAGUCCUCCUCCCUGGACAGCGUGUACCUGGGCUCCGUGCUUGCCCUGGUGGUUAUUUUAACCGGGGUGUUUGCCUAUUACCAAGAGGCGAAAAGCACCAACAUCAUGGCCAGCUUCCGCCAGAUGAUUCCACAGCAAGCUCUUGUCGUUCGAGAUUCAGAGAAGAAGACAGUUCCUGCAGACCAGCUGGUGGUGGGGGAUAUAGUGGAGAUUAAAGGAGGAGACCAGAUCCCCGCGGACAUCAGGUUGCUGUCUGCUCAGGGGUGUAAGGUAGACAACUCAUCUCUCACUGGGGAGUCUGAGCCCCAGCCCCGCUCCUCUGAGUUUACCCAUGACAACCCCCUGGAGACAAAGAAUAUCAGCUUCUUCUCCACAACCUGUCUGGAAGGCACAGCGACUGGCGUGGUCAUCAACACGGGUGACCGCACCGUCAUUGGGCAGAUCGCCUCGCUGGCUUCAGGAGUCCAGAACUCGAAGACGCCCAUUGGCAUCGAGAUCGAGCACUUUGUUCACAUUGUGGCAGGAGUGGCAGUCUCCAUCGGCGUCCUUUUCUUCAUCAUCGCAGUGUCCAUGAAGUAUCAUGUCCUGGACUCCAUCAUCUUCCUCAUUGGCAUCAUUGUGGCCAACGUGCCUGAGGGUCUCCUGGCCACUGUCACCGUGGCUCUGUCACUGACAGCAAAACGAAUGGCCAAGAAGAACUGCCUGGUGAAAGGCCUAGAGGCAGUGGAGACCCUUGGUUCCACCUCCAUCAUCUGCUCAGACAAGACGGGGACCCUCACCCAGAACAGGAUGACCGUGGCCCAUCUGUGGUUCGACAGCCAGGUCUUCGUGGCAGACACUAGUGAAGACCAUUCGAAUCAAGUCUUUGAUCAAAGCUCUGCAACCUGGGCCUCCCUGUCAAAGAUCAUAACGCUGUGUAACCGUGCUGAGUUCAGACCAGGACAGGAGAGCGUCCCCAUCAUGAAGAAAGCUGUGGUUGGAGAUGCCUCAGAAACUGCUCUUUUGAAAUUCUCAGAGGUCAUUCUGGGUAACGUGAUGGAAAUUAGAAAAAGAAACCGCAAAGUAGCUGAAAUACCUUUUAACUCGACCAACAAAUUUCAGCUCUCCAUACACGAGACAGACGACCCCAGUGACAAGCGUUUCCUCGUGGUGAUGAAAGGGGCCCCCGAGCGGGUCCUGGAGAAGUGCAGCACCAUCAUGGUCAACGGCCAGGAGCAGCCUCUGGACAGGAGCACGGCCAAGGCCUUCCACACGGCGUACAUGGAGCUGGGCGGCCUGGGGGAGCGCGUGCUGGGUUUCUGUCAUCUCUACCUGCCAGCAGACGAGUUUCCAGCAACCUAUUCAUUUGAUGUAGACACAAUGAACUUUCCUACUUCCAACUUCUGUUUUGUGGGCCUCUUAUCGAUGAUCGACCCGCCUCGGUCCACGGUCCCUGAUGCGGUCACCAAGUGCCGGAGUGCAGGGAUCAAGAUCAUCAUGGUUACUGGCGAUCAUCCAAUCACAGCCAAAGCUAUUGCCAAGAGUGUAGGUAUCAUUUCCGCCAACAGUGAGACAGUGGAAGACAUUGCAAAACGCCUCAACGUUGCUGUGGCGCAGGUUAACAAGCGGGACGCUAAGGCCGCUGUGGUGACCGGCAUGGAGCUAAAGGACAUGAGCCCGGCGCAACUGGACGAGCUCUUGGCCAACCACUCGGAGAUCGUCUUUGCCCGGACGUCCCCCCAGCAGAAGCUGAUCAUUGUGGAGGGCUGUCAGAGGCAGGAUGCUAUUGUCGCUGUGACAGGGGACGGAGUUAACGACUCCCCGGCUCUAAAGAAGGCAGACAUCGGGAUCGCCAUGGGGAUAACGGGUUCUGAUGCAGCCAAAAGUGCAGCCGACAUGGUCUUGCUGGAUGACAACUUCGCGUCCAUCGUCACAGGGGUGGAGGAAGGUCGCCUAAUCUUUGACAACCUAAAGAAGACUAUCGCAUACACCCUGACCAAGAACAUCGCUGAGCUCUGCCCCUUUCUGAUCUACAUCAUCGCUGGGCUUCCCCUGCCCAUUGGCACCAUUACUAUCUUGUUCAUCGACUUGGGCACAGACAUAAUUCCCUCCAUCGCCCUGGCUUAUGAGAAAGCUGAAAGUGACAUUAUGAACAGGAAGCCUCGCCACAAGAAGAAGGACAGACUGGUGAACAAGCCACUUGCCGUGUACUCCUACCUGCAUAUUGGCCUCAUGCAGGCCCUGGGAGCUUUUGUUGUAUAUUUCACUGUGUACGCACAGGAGGGCUUUCGACCCAGCACUCUCCUUAACCUCCGGGUGGAGUGGGAAAAGGGCUACGUGAACGACUUGGAAGACAGCUAUGGACAAGAAUGGACAAGCUACCAGAGGAAAUACCUAGAAUGGACGGGCUACACAGCAUUCUUUGUUGGCAUCAUGAUCCAGCAAAUAGCAGAUCUGAUCAUCAGGAAAACCCGGAGGAAUUCCAUCUUCCAGCAGGGUCUCUUCAGAAAUAAAAUCAUCUGGGUGGGGAUUGCCUCGCAGGUUAUCAUCGCGCUAAUCCUCUCCUACGGCCUCGGGAGUAUCGUGGCCCUGAACUUCACAAUGCUCCGGCCUCAGUACUGGUUCGUGGCUGUACCACACGCUGUUCUGAUCUGGGUGUAUGAUGAGGUGCGGAAACUGGCCAUCAGACUCUACCCUGGAAGCUGGUGGGAUAAGAACAUGUACUAUUAA